AUGGGGUUUAUUGGAAAGCUCAAGACACAAUACGACCUACGCAAGAUAAACAAGUACACCAAACGACGAUUGUCUCAAUCGCAAUUCGCAUCGCAUGACCGCGAGUACUACGAUAGCGUUUACCGAGACGGGGUGUAUCUUGAUUCUGACAAUCAUCAAGGGAACAAGUCUCGAUGGUCCUCUACCCUUACAGACCUCUUGAAACGCAACCCUUCGGUCACAUCCACCUCACUCGCAGCAAGCCAAUACAAGACAUCAGAGACAUACACAUUAGGUGUUACCAGAUGA